CUUCGACUCAUUCUCAUCCGGAUUGACCAAUGGCAAUGAUUGCCUGAAAUCAGUGAUUGCAUAAUUCGUCUCUUUGUUUUUGGAAAAAUUGAAUCUGAAUGUAUGUAGUUUGUGAAAAAGACUUUUGGAGGUAGUGCAGUAAGAACGCUCUUGUUUCGUGUUUGACUUUGAACGACUCAAAGAAGAAGUAGCUGCGUAUGUCGCACUGUAGACGCAGUAGGAACAGUAUGGUACUACUACAAAGCGCUCCAUCUUCGACGAGACGCAGCUCUCGAGCGGAGGCUGGAUCUUCUAUUUUGGUAAGCAACAUCAACAUUUUGCUUUCCACAGUUUUGGUACUGUUUCACGAGCCGAUACCAUGUGUUUCGAUAAAGAAAGGGCUUUCGCCGGUAGCGCCGCUGGAGGACGACGGCGCGACACCCGUAUCACCUGCAUACUCGACGUUCGCGUCAGUGGGGACACCUUUGCAGGGCCAAAACCGGGUUCAAAUUUGGGCAGACGCGUCAGACGACGAGGAUUUCUUUUUGCCGGUAGUGCACAGAGCGGCGACCGCGAGCGGCCUAAGCUCGGGGAAGGAAGAGGCGGCAACGGGAUCAGAUUCUGAUGCUCACCGCGACGCCGUGAAACGCGUAAAAAGUGGGCCGGCCGCAAUAACAGGGCGGGCUUCUAGAAGGCACGACGGAGUUGGAAAGAAGACGGCACCAAUUUUAAAUCCUCUUCUGAGAUCGCAGAAAGAUAAGAUGAGACGAGAGCAGCAGGCAUAUCAAAAAGCGAAGGGCGCAAACAAUAGUUUUCUUAAACCAGCUCCAGCAGCACCAAGAUUGACCGGGGCUGAACCAGCAUGGACUGCGAGCGAUGCGCAGUUAAGUUGGGACGCAAUGUGGGCGCGGGAAGAGGAAAAGGAAAAACAAAAAAGCAAACCGAAACAAGUACCAGUGAAAGAUAAGACUCAGAAUGUCAAUGUCGCGCAAGGUAUUUUUAGGUCCGUUUGUUUCGGAUACUUUUCGACCAUGCUUUGGUUACCGAGGAAGCGCAAAGUCGCGUUUAUUGUGCCUACUUAAGAAGUACAUUCUCCUUUUUGAAUUCCUUUUCCUACUCUCUCAUAGAGUGCAUGCUAGCCACUGCGCAAUAGACCCAAAAACGCACUACGCAGAUAACACUCGCGCGUUCGGCGCCUCAAACAGCUGGUGGGAACAAGCGGAAUGGAGUGCUCCUUAUACUUCUGGCCGGUAUUGGGAUGAACCAGGCGCGCAUAAAUCCACGUGGAAAGGUCGCAAGAACGGCAAGAAGAAAAACACGGACAAAGCGUGGGAUGAACACGAUGAUGGAGAAUGGCAAGGGGGCCGCACCCGCACGUCUUCCUUUGCGAAUGCAGAUGACCUGUCCGGACAACCAGAUCAGGACAAACUGGCGUGUAGUUCUGCUUCUCCAGCAACAUAUUCGGAUCCGCACCUUCUCGCCGCCGCGGCCGCGAUGCAACCCUGGAUUCUGCAAGGUAAUUCCGCAGAAUGCAGCCUUCCGAAUGCUCAGGCGCAGGAGGUUCUGGAAAACAGCAUGCGCAUUGGAUACGCGGCCGCCGCCCUAAACAACGCCUGGCUGCCUAACGGCUGGGGCGCACCAUUGUCAGCCGAGUGGAACAACUCAUGCGCAGCUUUCGCAAACGCGAGUUCUUUCGCAGCGAGUGCAUUUCAACAUCAAUCCUGGUACGACCUCACCGCGACCGGCCUCGGCCAGGAACUGCAAAGCACGUUCCCUGCAACGUGUGCUGAGGAGCCUUUGGAAGGCGGAACGCUAGAAGACGUGGACAUGAAAGAGGAGCUAGCUGUCGCGGAAGAUGCCUCGCUGCAAAAACGCGCCGCGGAAGUAGCCAAUCAGCCAGAUACUGGGGACGUACCAGCAGAAGGCAGCGACACUGGAACUAAAAAGACCUGCAACACUGCGCGGCCCACCACGUCUCACACUCACGAGAGGAAGGAACAGGGACCAGCAGCCUGCGGGCACGCCGUUCCCUCACACGACCAGCUCUCGUGCUUAGACAGCAGAACGCGCGCAAAGGAGAUGAGCGAUCCGGCCUCGUCGCACCUAGUGAUGACGUACGAUGGACGGGAGCUUUUUCCCAUGGAGCAGAGCCAGAUAACGAACCAUAGCGGCGGCGGGACCGAUGGUGUUCGACUCCGAGCUGCGACUCCAGAGGAGGUACAGAGGCAAGUAGACCAACUACAACAGCAAGCCAAGUUUCAUGAGGAACAGAGCCUUUUGUGCUUCAAGUACAUGCUUGAGAACCAGCUGCGCACGUGCAACGCUCUGAUGCAGAGCAAAAAACAGUGUCGAAGCUUGCUCCCGCAGCAACAUGAUAUUAAUUCUGGAAGUGGUAGCGGUACUACCGAGGUACGAAAUUUGGCCGGUGCGAAUGCGGAUAGAGGUUUGAUCUCUGUGAAGACCAAAGACGACCAGUCUCUGUCCGUCUUCGAGUCCUUCGAGAAGGAUUGGAAUUCUUGGGUUCCUGUCACAAAGUCCGGCGAUGCGGUGCUUAACGCAGCCCUCCUGGAGAAGCAAAAAAAGUGGUGCAAUACGCACGGCUGGAACCGUUCGCACGAAACCGAUGAUUGUCGUGCGGCGCAUGAGUGCGAUGGAGAGGUUCCUCCGGACGGGACGACGAGAACUAGCACUAAAGUAGGAAGUUCGAGUAGCAGGUGCUGGACCAAGCUCUCGAAAGAGGAGAUCGAGCGGAAAGCUUGGAGGCCCGAGGUUCAAAACGCAGAAAGCAGUGUCCUGACACCCAAGACGCAGCAUCAACUUCUGAUGCAGCUCUUGGACGAACAGGAGAAACCAGAUGCGCCUGACGCCGCGCCGCCUGCCGAGGACCUCACUCCACCCGUAGCUGAUCCUGCAGAUCGUUGCCUGAUGGCUCGCAAGGACAGUGGAUUGUCUUCGGAGUUGUCUGAUUCCGCUCUCUGCUUUGUCCCCGGAGCGUCCUCUGCGAGCACCAUUUUUUCCGAGCCAGGGUGGUCGACCCAAGCGGCGGAGCAGCCAGCUUCCACGCCGAAUCUGCCGAUGAACAGCGGCUCCAUCUUUCACGGUAUCCUGAGUAAAAAUGUACCCACCCCAGAGUUGUCAUGCAGAUUUGCAGCUACAGGAAGAUUUGUAAUGCGCAUACACAUGAGAGGCAUUUCCAUUCACGUUUUGCGCUUUGCAAUGCUGUCGACAGGAUGAGUAGAUGGAUUUGUGUUGCUGCUGUGCUUGCUAAACUGCACUACAAUACCUAGACGAACUUGUCAUGCUGGACCCCCAAAACUUCUCGAUUUGUGUUGCGAGAUCCUCAUCUUGACUCUGGUGUGGGGACGUUUUUACACAAGAUACACGGCAGAGGAUGCUCGCCUUGCGCUUGGUUCUGGAAGCCAAGAAGUUGUGACUUUCCGGACUCCUGCAACUACUGCCACCGAUGCGGCGAAGGGGAGCUCAAGCGAAGAAAGAAAGACAAAGUAUCGCUGCUGCGAGCGUCAGGGGAAAUAAAGCCGCAGAAAAAAAAAUAUUAGGAAGCGACGCGUCCAUACCGGAGAUUAUUCCUACCGCGGCUUUUUUACUCGAGGAAGACAGUCGAAAGACGUCCGCAGAAGUAGACAAGUAGGAUGUACUAGUUACGCUACUGUUGAAGCGAGCGUCUCCGUCUGCUCUCCUAUCGACCUAUUGGCGUCAGAACUUGGAGCACUAUUGAAAUUGAUUGAAAUCAUGCGUAUGACACAAGACAGCAUUUUUGAUGAGUUAGAUUCCCGGUUUUGGAUAGAUUCAUGACAAAAAACAAAUUAAUGACAGAAUAGAGUUCUUCUACAUACGACUACGAAGGCAAGGGAUAUGACAGAAUGACAGUGCGUGCAUGCUUAUCAGUAUUAUGAUUUUUCUUGUGAUAUUAACUGUGGGCUGAUUGAAAGAAUGUUUGUGAAGAGGACGAAUACAAGACCUCCACACUCAUAUAUGAUGACUCGCGUUUGCUUUUGAUCUUUUGCACGGUUUUCUGAUUUUGCUGCAAUCGAAAAAAUAUAAGUAUUAGGCUCGUGCUGCCAUUGCUUUGC